AUGGGAACUGCAAUGUUCGCGCGAGUGACUUUCUAUCCUACGCUUUUGUACAAUGUAGUCAUGGAAAAGGUGACCAGCAGACGCUGGUACGACAGGAUAGAUGACACGGUGAUCCUGGGCGCUCUCCCUUUCCAAUCCAUGACGAAACAGUUAAAAGAAGAAGAAAAUAUGAAAGGAGUUGUAUCAAUGAAUGAGACAUACGAGUUGAAAAUAUUUUCCAAUGAUGCUGAGAAAUGGCGCGAGCAGGGCGUGGAGUUCCUACAGUUGGCAACCACAGAUAUAUUUGAAACGCCAGACCAAGAUAAACUGUUUGAAGGUGUCACAUUUAUUAACAGGUUCCUGCCAGCAGACAGAAAGCUGCCAGGUGUACCGGCUGACCGGGAGCAGGUCAACAGCGGCACAGUAUACGUCCAUUGUAAAGCUGGACGUACCAGGAGUGCUACACUCGUCGGAUGUUACCUUAUGAUGAAGCACGCGUGGUCCCCCAAGGAGGCGGUGAGCCACAUGCGCGCGCGCCGCCCACACGUGCUGCUGCACACCAAGCAGUGGGAGGCGCUCGACCUGUUCCACCGCCGACACGUCACCCGCACGUGA